ACCAUUCCAUAAGUCAUAAUCUAACUAAAUCUAACCUUAAAAGUCUUAAGUUUUCCUUCAUCAUUUGGUCAUUUUUGGGCUUUGGGCAAUUCAUUUGUUUUGUGUUUACCUAAACCUGGUAAACCAACAAUACACUAAUAGGCUAAGUACUACAGUAGUAAAUAGUAAUACCGGAUCAUCUCCGUGGAUUGGCCUAAUUUUGCUAUUUGCGGUUUUCUACGAUAAACUAAGCUAUUAGGCCUACCUAGUUAAUUUUGUUUGUUCGGAAUAUUGUGCAUUGUUUUUUAGACUAAACCCCAUUUUAUCCGUGUGUGAUAUUAGCAACAGUGGAAUAUAUUAGUGCUACCUGUUUAUUACCGUAGGCCUACGCCUUGUUUUGUUUACAGUUAAGGUUCGAGCAUGGCAUCCGUAACAGGGAAAACUGCAGGAAUAAUCGUGGUGGGAGAUGAAAUUUUGAAAGGACAAGUUCAUGAUAUAAAUUCAUUCUUUAUGUGUAAACGCUUGCGAGCAAUCGGGACAAAAGUGGCAAGAAUAUCAGUGGUGGAAGAUAACAUUGACGAUAUAGCUGAAACCGUAAAGGAUUUUUCAAAAAGGUAUGACAUUGUGUUGACAACUGGUGGAAUCGGACCGACCCAUGAUGACGUUACAUAUAGAGGAAUCGCUGCGGGAUUCCAAACUGAUGUAGCGUGCAACAGCUUACUGGAAGCAUUUUGGAACAGAAUUUUAGAUCAGAACUCCUCUGAAAGUGUUCGCGCACUGUCAACUGUACCAAAAACUGCUAAAAUAGUCUGGGGGAAAUCAGAAACUCCGUUUUUUAUUGAUAAGGAAUCUCAACUUGUUACCCAAUUCCCUGUCGUCAACAUCGCAAAUGUUUUUAUCUUUCCCGGAGUCCCCCAGUACAUGCAAAGUCUGUUUUCGUCACUGGAAAAAGAGCAUUUCCAAAGUCAGGGCUGUUCGUUUUACACUGGUAGGAUUUACUUGUCAGUCGAAGAAGAGAUAGUUGUUAAUGCUUUAAACAAAACGGUAACAGAGAUGACAGAUUGUGUGUUUGGUUCAUACCCAGUGGUGGGGGAUGGGACUAAGUACAAGACUCAGAUUACGAUAGAGGCGUUGUCCGUGGACAAAAUCAAGGCGGCAGAGGAUUACUUCAAAAGUCUCAUCUCGCCCAAGUGGUUGGCUCCUUGUCUACAGAAUCCUACCAUGAGUCACCCAGUAUACAAGUUCCUUCAGACCACCGCUGACACACGACUGGCUGCUACUCUCAACAAAUCUAUCAAGCUGGUGGAGGAAGCGUUCGACACCUACUCGCCCAGUGGAGUAAGCGUUAGUUUCAACGGAGGCAAAGAUUGCACCGUGCUGCUGCACAUUGUUUUGGCAGUCAAGGAUUACAAGAACAUCUCAGAACCUUUGGAAGCUGUCUACUUCCAUCCCGCCAAUCCCUUCCCAGAAGUGGAGCAUUUCAUUAAAGACACUGUUGACAGGUAUCAAAUCAGAUUAACUACACUACCUGGACCCAUCAAGUCAGCUUUAAAAGUACUAGUGAAAGAAAAAAAUUCCCUUAAAGCAAUUUUCCUUGGAACUAGACGCACUGACCCUUACUCCAAAGACCUAAAUGAUUUUCAGAUGACAGACCCUGACUGGACCCAGGUGAUGAGAGUCAACCCUCUGUUGGAUUGGAGCUACCAGGAUAUCUGGACCUUCCUACGGGGCAUCGCAGCACCUUACUGCUCUCUCUAUGACCAAGGGUACACUUCUUUAGGCAACAAAGACAACACACGGCCAAAUCCCAGCCUCUUGUACACAGACUCAGAUGGUUCACAGAAGUAUCAACCUGCGUGGAUGUUGUCAGAUGACUCAGUCGAGCGAAAUGGCAGGUUAUAGUCAGGACGAGGUGAUUGUGAAGGCUGUGGAAGCCAGCGAGGAGAUGUGGACAGCUCUUUACUCCUCGUUUGGCCCAGAUGGACGAGCAGUCCUCGCACAGUCGCCCACUCGACUCACUAUCACUCGCUCCGGAAGCCUGAUCUUGAACCUGGUGUUCCUGAGACCAAACCCCGUCCUAUCUCUACUAUUGGACUCUGCCAACAACCUACACGACGUUGCCGGUGAUGGUGUCAAGAGUUUUGUGAUACUCGUUAAAGCUUUAUUGAAAAAAGUUGCAUUCAAUGCUUCCUUUGUAUAUAAACUGUUAGUUUUACAGACUCAGCUGUCUCUAAGUUUUCCGACCACUUGCAGUUGUGUUUUAACAAAUGACAAGUUGAACAAUGUGAUUAAAACGUUUUUUUCCACUCGCUUUUCACCUGUUGUUUCUAAAACGCUUGCCUCUUUGGUGAGUAAUUUAGUUUCAAAACUCGAUUCGAUUAGUGAUAUAGAUCGUUAUGUGGAAUAUUUCUCACUACUUUGCCCUAAAUUCAGUCCUUUUCCAGUCAGUUUGUCUUGUGUACAAGAUGGUUUACUUAUUAAAGGACAUUGGGUUAAAAGGUUUCCCCAGACUAAAGUGCAGAGUAUACUCAAAGUUUACUACCACUCUUUAGAAACAUCUCCUGAAGAUGGGGAAGUUGAAAUGGACAUUACAGAAAUACUUAAAGACGAAUCCAAAAAUGUUCUAUUUGUGACCAACAUUUUCCUUCAAGAUCGAGCACAGUAUCUGCUAAACAUUAAGAAUGUUUUUUUCAUCCACGCUACUUGUUCAGACACUGCUAAAUUUUUAUUUGAACUUUCGUUACAAGAUAAUAUUAUUGUAGAAUGCAAACCUGAUAAUGAUUUCUUAUGGAUUUCUUUGCCAAUUCAUCAACUUUUGUUGAAAGCACCCAGUGAAUCUCUUGCCUCUGAAUAUGCUGAAGGAAUUUUGGACUGUUUAAAAAUGUUGAAGUUUAGUUUUAAAAAAUCUAAUUGUACUGUUUCUGCUGGUGGACUUUUUGAACUUGCCUUGGCUAAAAAACUUUUUAAUUUGUCUGACGAUAGUAAAAGACUUCCUCCAGUAAAAUCUAGGGACCAGCUUAUGGCUUGGAGGAAACCUUUUCCUGAAGAGGCCAAUUUACUGAAGCAUUUGAACCUUAAAUGCUUAGAAGGUAUGGAUGCUGAAGUUGUCGAUGUUGUUUGUCAAAGUCUGUUUGCAUUACAAUCUCAGAAGUCUGAUUCCCUCGACGCUUUUGAACCGGUGGUAUUAAGGAUGGAGAUUUUAUGUAAAGCUAUCAACUUGAUUGCAAGCAUUUGUAGAAUAGAUGGGGCUAUAUUGAAACCAAAAAAAGGGCGCUUAAGCUAAACUAUUUGUGAAUGUCCUUGAAUUUGUAUAAAAAUAUUUAAGUAAAUAUCAUUGUGAUACCAAAUUCAAUUAUUUUUGUAAACUUUUUGUCAUACAAGAACAGUUAUAAAAAGUCCUACUUAAAAUUCUCACCUCACCCACCCUUUUAUUAUAUUCAGAGGUUUAACGUUUAUUACUAUUUAUUGGUAUUUUAUUUCAUCAUUAUCGGACCACAAAGUGUUGUUUUUUACUAAUUACUGAAUAUUAAAUUCUCUCUCUUUAGAAUUUAUUGCAUUUUACGUUGCAGGCUUUUCUUUUUAAGAACAGUACUUAAUGUAUAUCAACUGAAUUUGAUGAUAAAUUAGACGUUGCCUAUUAGUUAAGUUGUUGUGAGUUAAAAUAUGAAAUUAAUUUAGGGUGCGUUUGGCAGCUUGUACUUUAUGUAGAAGUAGGUGUGCUGAAAGUAUCACAUUCUUUGUCUCUUAAAGAAAUCCAGGAAGGGUUGUACUUAAGUACCUUGUUGUACUCAGUAUCUUUUUAUUAUUUUUAAGUGUUACAAAAUCUAAUUAUUUAGAUUAGAUGUCAUUCUUAAUGUGAAUAGUAGCCUACUCUGGCUAAUUUGUUUACCAUGGUUUGUGGUUUCAUUGAUUUUCACUCUCAGUAAAAUUUUGAUUGCACUGUUUGAAAAUACUUAGGCUGUGGAAGUUUCUAACUGAAUGCUGUUAAUAUUAAUAUAUUUUCACUGUUUAGAAAUGGUAUUUUCCUGAUUUUGCUACAGAUUAAAGUAGUUGUUGAUUAGUUAUAUUAAAAUGUCAAAAUGCCAAA